UUCGCAGCUGAGUUCCUCUUGCCUGCAUUCAGCUGUCUCUGACUGUGUGUCUAUGGAAACGAACGACACUUGUGUGGCGGCGGUGGAGUGUUCGCCGGCUUCCGGUUGCUCGUUUUCUGACUCUCUUCCUAAAUCACCUUCUUCGUCUCGCUAUGUCCGGCGCAUGCACUCCGCCUCAGGCAGUGACCAUCUCUCCUGUCCCCGUGCGCGUGUCAUUCUUGGUGAAACUCUCUAUUCGUCUGUAGGCAGAGAAAUGGACCAUAUUCUGCGUCGUCCGAUGCCCUGGAGAGUGACGCAGUUACAGUUUCGGGUGGCGAGCAACACGCGCCUGCAGAGGACGAGACGGGGGGCGCCAUGUCGCCUGAUGUCUGUACAGAAGCAGACGCCUGGGAAGCUGAGGAAAGCCCGAAGACAGGGAGGACCGAGUCUGCGUGUGCGUCGUCUUGGGUGACCCUUCCCGCUGCGGUCCCCACUCCUUCACCAUCAUCGUCGUGGUCUACCGCGGACGGAGCGACGGCACCGUUGUGGCAAAGAAGAGGCGAACGCCGAGGGGAAAAGAGAGGAGACACCCAGAGACGAGAGUCGCGAGCCUCUCCAAAGAGUCGCAACGAGGCGAGGCAACUGUGUUUGCCCUCCGUGGGAAGUGGAGCAACGGAAGGUAAACCGCCCACGCGGGACAAGCAACUGGGGAGCUUGAUUCUCUUCGCCUUCGCUCGCGUCUCGGCUGCUUUCGCCCCGCUUCUUCUCUUCUCGGCUCUCCUGCCGGAGUCCGUCCUUGGUGGUCUUCUCACCGUCCUCAACAUGCUAGCUGCCGGCAGUCCGCUCAACCUCUUGGUUACGCGCUCGGCCUUCUUCAGUUGUGCUGCUCUGGUGCGAUCACGAGCUGGCGUGCAUCGACAUGCCUGUUCUUCUUCACCUCGUCUCCGUUAUGCCGUCCUCGUUUUCCAAGAUUGUCGGAAGCUUUCCUUCGCGCAGCUCGUGUUCGUUUUUCUUUCGAAGAACAGACACGUUGCUCACGUCGCGGACUUCCAGUGCACGGCCCACACUGCCGCAGGGUUUGCGUCUGUUUUUGCAAAGCCAAGGAAGGAAGGUGACAUCGAGAAGGUGCAAGAAAAGGAACGGAUGACUGAAAGGGAUGACAGGCGAGGUCUUGCAGUGGGCAUAAGGCGGCAACCGGAAGACGAGGGAAGUCAACAAGUCCAUCACAGUAGUAUAGCCAGAGGGAAUCAAAACAGAAAAGAGUAGAGUCUGGAAAGAGGCUCACAGGCAGAGGGAGAUAAAACGCACUUGCUGCUUUGUUACAGUCUUUCCACUUUAAAUAACAAUGGAGUGACAAAACGCCCUCACAGAUGCCCAGUUGAACGCAAGAAUGAUGUUUGUCUUUCCUGCGCGUAUCUAAGCCCGUGUAAAGCCACUCAUACGAUGUACCGAACCGUGGAUGAAUCCAGUGUCGAUCCUGCUUCUCCGUUGGUGUGCUUCUGUGUCCCAAUUGCGCGGACGCCCUAACUGAGUAUCUGUAGCUUUUGUACAGUUUGUAUAACGUUUGCCUGCUGUGUGGUGUUCCUUCGUUUUGCAUCUCGUCGAAAAUUGUAUACACACAAUUAACUCCAUACUUGACUGGCCAUAGAGGCUUUUCUAUUAGGCAGCAUUUCUCCUGAUUUCGUGCAGGUAGCUUUCCUGGCGCCCCUGUUUUCAUACCCUUGAAAGCAGGAACUUUGAGAAAGAAUGACCUCGGCGUCUCUCCUUUACGGGGUUUUGCUAAUUAUUUUCAACAAGUGCUGCCCGCACACACAGCGUCUAUUUCGGCCGAUGGAACAAUCAAACCUUUCACCUAUCAAAGACUCAACCGCGAUUUGUGUACUGUCCCCAGGGUGUCCGUGUAUAUGACAGGUUGUGACACGGCGGUCACAGUUUUUCUGUUCUCGAAAUCAUUUCCCCAAAAAAUAAAAAUUUCGCGUGGG